CAGUAGGGUUUUCCUCUCGCGCCGCCGGAACCAAAUCGCAGAAGCAGGUGAGCGAGCAGACGAGGAGGGGAGGGAUGGCGGACAAGAAGGGCGGAGCGCCGAGGAAGGAGGAGGUGGUGACGAGGGAGUACACCGUCAACCUCCACAAGCGCCUCCAUGGCUGUACAUUUAAGAAGAAGGCACCCAACGCCAUCAAGGAGCUCAGGAAGUUUGCACAGAAGGCCAUGGGCACCACGGACGUCAGGAUCGACGUGAAGCUCAACAAGCACAUCUGGAGCAGUGGGAUCAGAAGCGUGCCCCGCAGGGUUCGCGUGAGGAUUUCCCGCAAGAGGAACGACGAGGAGGACGCUAAGGAGGAGCUCUACUCUCUCGUCACCGUUGCCGAGGUGCCUGCUGAGGGUUUGAAGGGGCUGGGAACCAAGGUCAUCGACGAAACUGAUUAAACUCACUGCUUUGCCUACAUCUUUAGAAAGAGUCCUAGUUUUGUACCGCUGCUUCAAGCUUUGUUUUUUUGGUAUCCCAUAGAAGUUUUGGACCAUGGCACAUCACAAGCUUUUUGUUCACCUGAAUUUCGAAUUCCCUGGAAUUGCCCGCUGUUCCUGUUGUGUUCAUUGCUCGUGUUGUGUUCACUGCUGGCUCUGAUCUACAGCUGAGUAAAUACUCUCUGUGACAAUUUGGAAAUAUGAGGUUUAUGGUUAGUUUGUCGUUU